AGAUUUGUGUUGCAAUAAUGGCAGAGCGAUAUGCGAUUUCUGCAUGAAAGUUGGACACUCCGAAACAGCAUAUUUCAAGAAACACGGAUGCCAGAACAAAAAAAAUUGAAUUACGCUACCCACGGCGCAGACCUGAGGUGUGUGGUAGCUGACAAGGACAAAAAUCCUCAGAACGGUAUCAGUGUAAAUUCUCUAUUUAAUGAAUAAUGUCAGUGCGUAACUCUUAAUGCAAAGACUGAAAGUUGCGACGCACCAAUAGACCUUUCCCCUUAUUAUGUCAUGCGCUCCUGAGUCCGCAAUGCAUUGUGGUACUUGUAUUUAAUAUCGCGGCCGUCUGUUUACAUUUUCUAUGGUGAUCGAGACACGUUGUAUUUUGCUGCUGAAAAAUUGUUAAGAAACUGUCAAAAAAUCAUGGAAAAUCCAGCGAAUUCUGAUGGCCAGCACUUCCCUAGUUUUUUUCAAAACUCUAGUCCGGGGUCCAGUGCCAAGGAAGUAUCGGCAACAGAAGAACUUUACGAGAACAGAAUUGUUAUAGGAGCAUGCGGGCCUGCCAAUGGCGAUGGCUCUUCCGAAAUAGUAGAUACAGUGGGUGUGGAUGAGACUGCAGAACAAGCCACAGUUGAAAAGGACGGUUGGUUAAGGUCCUUGACACUACUUCCAAGUUUUAGCCAUGAAAAAUUAGACGAUCGUUUAAUUAAUAGCCCUUUAACAUCAACAGAGCAUGGAGCAGCGCCCAAGGCAUUUAGGAACAAAAAAGAAGGGUACAAACUAUGGAAGGAGGGAUAUGUGCGUGCUGUAUUCGUUAAACCUAACGUUAAGGGGAAACGUAUGUUAUUCCUUGUAAAGGCAAAAGUAUCUGCAUCAAUGAAGAGUGUCCAGUACAUGGUAUAUGUUCAUCUAGACCAAAUCAAUGGUGAUGUGGUUCAUGUGAAAUGCGACUGUAAAGCUGGUCAAGGAGGGUGUUGCAAGCAUGUUGCUGCUUUACUUUAUACUUUACUUGACUUUAUCAACAUUGACAUUAAAGAAAUACCAAGUGAUAUAACAUGCACCCAGGUUGGACAGAAAUGGCAUAUUCCUUCAGGUGCAAGAAAUCUGUCAUCUAAAGCUUUUAAGUUUCGAGAUCUUGUUUUUGAAAAAGCAGAAGAAACUAAGAAGAGAAAGAGGCCUCUUGUAACUGGAAGCAGAGACACAUAUUGUGCUACACCACAGUUUGCUUUGGAAACAAGUCCAGAUGAACUAGAAGGCUUAGUGGAAAGGCUGAGAUUGGCAGGCAAGGCCCCAAUGUUUUGUGAAGCAAUAGAGUCAAAUAAUUAUCAGCCUUGCUCUUUGUUUCAAACAUCAAGCACAAGAGCUUUGGAGAAAUUUUCAGGAAGCAUUUUCAAUGAGCAAACCGAGUUGCAUUACAUUCAUAGACUUUAUUGUGAGGUGCCACAUGAUAAUGAUGUCAGUGAAUUACAGUUGAAGGAAGAAAUUAUCCGAAACAUUCUUUCUAAAGUUGGCAUAUCUGUUGAAAAAUCGAUUGAGAUUUGUACCAAAACAAUACAGCAGAGUGAAGAGCCAGCAUGGUAUUUGGAACGGGCCAAAAGAAUAACUGCAUCUAUCUUUGGAAAAGUUUUAAACAGAAGACCAAAUAACUAUCCAUCCUCUCUAAUAAAAGCAGUUCUUGAUAAAAACAAAUAUUGUUUAGAGUCAAUGCCAGCACCAAUAAGAUGGGGAAUCAAUAACGAGAAUACUGCUAUUGCAAAAUACAGUGAACUUAAUCCUGAGCUUGAGGUGAAGAAAUGUGGCUUCAUUAUAAGUCCAAACUGGCCCUGGUUGGGUGGUACACCUGAUGGUAUCAUCUUUGAUAAUGAUUGUCCUGUUGGAGGCUUAGAGGUAAAGUGUCCUUUUUCAAAGAGAGACAUGACAUUGGAGGAAGCUUCUUUGAAAGACCGGACCUUCUUCUUGAUGCUAACUGAUGCUGGCUUAAAACUGAAGGAAAAACAUGCAUAUUAUUAUCAAUGUCAAGGACUUGUAAAUUUACUGGGACUUGAAUAGAUUGACUUUGUAGUUUUUACAUUAAACGAUUUUCAUUGUGAAAGAAUUUAUAAAGAUAAAUCUUUGUGGAAGUCAAAAAUGCUUCCAUCAUUGACUGUCUUUUUUGUUAACCGCAUUUUGCCAAGG